CUUGAGCGGUGUUUAUUGCGGUCCCAACUGCCGAGACGAUCGGUUCGAUUGAUAUAGUGCCCUCGAUUCACGCGACUUACAAGAUGCCCCAGUCGAGCUUCUUUGCCAAGAGUGUUCCCUUCGAACAGAUCGACAAGCUGGCCAUCAGUGGUGGAUACUCCUCGAUCUUCGCCAGCUGCAAACCAGAUGUCCAGGUUGUUGGAAAUUGGGAGCAACGUUUCUGCCGCCUGGCCGACACCUUCCAGCCCGUCCUGGAUCGAGUUUAUGAUUUUGAGGUGCGCACGGAUGAUGUUUGGAUUGUAACGCUGCCUAAAUGUGGUACUACCUGGAUGCAGGAACUCACAUGGUUGGUGAUGAACAAAUGUGACUUUGAAACCGCCAAGAGUGUGGAUUUAACUAUUAGGUCACCCUUUUUGGAGUUCAAUGGAGUGGUUCCCAAUGUACCACAUGACACCAUCGAGGCAGCCAAUGCCCUGCCCUCGCCUCGACUGAUCAAGUCCCACCUGCCCGCCUGGCUGCUGCCCAAACAGAUCUGGAGCAAGCGCCCGAAGAUCAUCUAUGUUUACCGGAAUCCCAAGGAUGCUGCCAUCUCCUAUUUCCAUCACUGGCGCGGCAUGGUCGGUUACCAAGGCACCAAAUCCGAUUUCAUGCACUCCUUCAUCGAUGGAUAUGUGAACUUUACCCCCUGCUGGCCCCAUGUCCUGGACUUCUGGCAGCUGCGCCACGAACCGAAUAUUUUCUUCACCAGCUACGAGCGGAUGAAGGGUCAGUUGGCGGAGGUUAUUGGCGAAGUGGCUCGGUUCCUGGAGUGUCCUGUUAGCCAGGAUCAAGUCCAGAAAAUGACCCAGCAUUUGUCCUUCGAGAGUAUGCGCGAUAAUCCCGCCUGCAAUCACGUGAAAGAGUUUGAAAGCAUGAAGGCAGCUGCCGGACGUGAGGUGGAGGAGUUCAGCACAUCCCCUCACAGAUUUGUUCGUCGGGGAGUCGUCGGUAGUCACAAGGAUGAGCUCACCGCUGACAUCAUCCGGGAAUUCGAUCUCUGGUCCGACAGCAACCUGCGGGACUACAAAUUGAACAUGGAUGACUUUGCGAACUACAGCAAGUUUAAUUCCAACUAAUUUUUAUUACUCUUUGUACUCGUUUUUGAUACUAUAUUAUUGUAUAAUCUCUACUAAUAGUCUGUAAGUUGUGGUGAUAUACGUUUAAAUAAAUGAUUGUUUUUUCUACACAGUA